ACCACGUCUCUAAAACCUUAAAACCUUCCCUAAUUCCUCCCCCGGUGCUACUACUCCCUCAUCCCUUCUCCGUCCAAAUUUCCUUCACAACGCAACCAAUAUGAGUUCCUUGUUAUUCAGACAAUCAUCCUCCCUACUCCUGACCCAAUCUCUAAAAGCCUCCGGCCGCCACCACCGUCAUCACCACUUUGCCCGUAACUUCCACUAUGACGGAUACAGAACAAACUCGGCCAUAAACUGGGGGAUCCGAAUUGCCCCAGAGAAAAAAGCCUACGUGGUCGAACGCUUCGGCAAGUUCUUCAAAAUCCUCGAACCGGGCAAGAUCCACUUCCUGCUCCCGAUCGUGUACCGGAUCCCCUAUGUGCACUCUCUAAAGGAAGAGGCCAUUCCCUUAACAGACCAAGCCGCCACAACAAAGGACAAUGUCCCUAUAAAAAUCGACGGCGUGCUUUAUAUAAAGAUAGUAGAUCCUUUAUUGGCCUCGUAUGGCAUCCACAACCCGAUAAAUGCCGUCGUACAACUGGCCCAGACCACCAUGCGCAGUGUCUUGGGAAAGAUUACGCUCGACAAGACGUUUAGAGAGAGAGAGUCGGUGAACAAGAGCAUACUUGAUGCUAUUAAUGAUUGGCCACUCCGCACGGAAUGGGGGUUGGAGUGUCUCCGUUAUGAAAUCAAGGAUGUUUCUCCACCAAAAGGUAUGAAAAUGGCAAUGGAGUUGGAGGCAGAGGCGGAAAGGAAGAAGAGAGUGCAGAUCCUCAAGUCAGAAGGGAUCCGAGACGCCAAGUACAACACGGCCGACGGGAACAAAAGGGCGGUGAUCCUACAGUCGGAGGCAUCCAAGGUCGCGCAAGCGAACAGGGGAAUAGGGGAGGCGGAGGCCAUCUUAACCAAGGCCCAGGCCACGGCGAAAGGGAUCCGGGAAGUGUCCCGGGCCAUCGAGGAAAGUGGAGGGGCCGAGGCCACCAGCUUGAGCAUUGCCGAGCAGUACAUUGGGGCAUUCGAAAAGAUUUUCAAGAGCAGUGAUACAAUGUUGGUUCCUAACAACUCUGCUGGUGAUGCUGCUGGCUUAGUCGCUCAAGUGGCAACUGUUUACAAUAAGGUUUCGGAAAAAAAAUAGAAGGGUGGAUUAAUUUUUUAGGUAAGUGAUAUUUUUAUAUGGGCAAUGGGUUAACUUAACACGAAUAGUGUUGUUUGAAUUUUGGCUUGGGUAAGUGAUUAUGUUAGGAUGG